AGAAGAGGGGGGUAGGUGUGAGAUUGACCAAACCACCUUCACACGCACACACCAUACCCUCAAAAUUUGUCACGCACCAAUAUUUAAACCCUGAACUCCGCAUCCAUUCUUUUCUCAGCUUGAAGUUCCCUUCUCCUAGAGAGAACUCCAAGCUAAAGCUACCUUAUUCAUAAGAUUAUCACCUACGUUAGAUUUUCCAUUUCACCCCUACUCUUUCUUCUUAAGUACCAAAUUGGAACAAAAAUGCACACUCUCUCACCGCCGUAUUCCAACGCACUCAGCUACCUCCACCGGGGGAGUGAGCCCACAUUUCGAGUCGUUCCAACCCGAAUAACGGUUAAAUGUGGUUACGGGUUCGAAUCAUCAAGCUUCUCGCAGGGAGUCGGGUCAACCCGAACGGACUGGCAGAGCGCAUGCGCCAUCCUAUCCAGCAAGGUCGACUCUCAGAACGAGGAUUCAAACCCCGCAGCUGCCGGAGAGAACAUAGCCGCCGUGAACGGCCACAAAUCCGCAGUAACAGACCUGAACCUAGUCCACGUCAGCGGCGAAAAAACGCUUCCUCCAAAGCCGCUCACCAUCUCCGACCUAUCGCCAGCACCGAUGCACGGCUCACAGCUGCGCGUGGCAUACCAGGGAGUCCCAGGUGCGUACUCCGAGGCUGCCGCUGGCAAAGCCUACCCUAACGGAGAAGCCAUAGCUUGCGAUCAGUUCGAGGUUGUUUUCCAAGCCGUUGAGCUCUGGAUAGCCGAUCGCGCCGUUCUACCCGUCGAAAACUCCCUCGGCGGCUCGAUCCACCGGAACUACGACCUCCUCCUCCGCCACCGCCUCCACAUCGUGGGCGAGGUCCAGCUCCCCGUUCACCACUGCCUCCUUGCCCUUCCCGGCGUCCGAUCGGAGUACCUGACGCGCGUGAUCUCUCACCCUCAGGCCCUCGCACAGUGCGAGCAUACUCUCACCAAGCUCGGCCUCAACGUGGCUCGCGAAGCCGUAGACGACACCGCCGGCGCCGCGGAGUUCGUGGCCACCAACAACCUCCGAGACACUGCGGCAAUCGCCAGCGCACGCGCGGCAGAUCUGUACGGUCUUCAGAUCCUGGCGGAUGGGAUCCAAGAUGACCCGAAUAACGUGACCCGGUUCGUGAUGUUGGCCCGAGAACCAAUCAUUCCUCGCACGGACCGGCCUUUUAAGACGAGUAUCGUGUUCGCGCACGAUAAAGGGACCUCCGUGCUCUUUAAGGUGCUCUCGGCGUUUGCGUUUAGGAACAUCAGUUUGACUAAGAUCGAGUCAAGGCCGCAUCGUAACCGUCCGAUCCGGAUUGUUGACGAUGACAAGAAUGAAGGGACAGCAAAGCACUUCGAGUACAUGUUUUAUGUUGAUUUCGAGGCAUCUAUGGCUGAGGUCAGAGCACAGAAUGCCCUGGCUGAGGUUCAAGAAUUCACCUCCUUUUUGAGGGUUUUGGGUAGUUAUCCCAUGGAUAUGACACCGUGGAGCCCUUCUGCUUCUCCUUCUUCUCGGGGAGAGUAGAAUUUAGCAAUUUCUCUAUUAUUUUUUUUUUCAUAAAACGUAAUUGAACACAUAAUUGUGCCAUAUGAUUAUAUAUUUGAUCAUUGUCAAAAUUGUGCAGAUAAUCCUUUAAUAUUUUGGUUCGAUUCGAUUUUACAGUAUAUAUUUUUGAAUUA